UCCCUCGCCCUCCAGUCGUUUGCGCGCGUCGUUCGCGAUAACUAGUGUACGUGUUGUCCGCUCCGAGCCGCGCGCUGUGUUUACAAUACAGUGUUGUUUGUUAUUGUUAAAAUAUAACAACGAGUGCUCUGUGCCAGUGACGGAUUUAAUAAUCGUGUUAAACACUUCAUUACGUUAUUAUCAGUGAAUAUUAUAAACGAUUGUGAUACGCAGGGAACGAGCAACCACGGCGAGCGCCGAGCUCAGGUCGUGUGAUGAUUUGGGCUUGGAGGUGAGCGCGCGGCGCGGCAUGCGGCGCCUGCGCGGGAACCAGGCCGGCUGGCAUGCGUGGCCGGCCGCGGUGUGCGCACUGCUGCUGGCCUGCGCACGCGCACACGCCCUUGAACAUCUCGCACCGGGAGUAUGCCCGUCACUAGACAUACGCAGCAAUGCGGACCAUAUGAUGAAGCUGCGCGGCUGUCGGGUGAUCGAAGGCCAUCUCAGCAUCGUGAUUAUUGAGCACCCCUCCUCCAACGCCUACGACAACAUGAGCUUUCCCGAACUAAGAGAAGUUACAGGAUACAUUACUAUAUACAGGUUGAUGGGCGUGCGCAACCUCGGAAACCUGUUCCCUAACCUGUCGGUGGUGCGCGGCAUGCAACUGUUCAAGGAUUACGCCAUUGUUGUCUUUGAUUGUCAGGAUCUUGAGUCGUUGGGGCUGCGGUCGCUGACGCGCAUUGAGCGCGGCGGCGUGCGCAUCCAGCAGAACGACCAGCUCUGUUACACCAACACCGUCGACUGGUCGCGCAUCGUGGCCGACGGCGACGACAACAUCUUGAUCCGGUCGAACUACGACACCCGUCUGUGCGGCCUGUGUCCCAGUCCGCAGGGGCACAAGGAGGAUGGCCUGAGAGAAUCGCAGUGUCCCACCGAUAGCUCCGGCCGACCUCUCUGCUGGGACAACCAGCACUGCCAAAAGAUAUGUCCGAGUUCGUGCGGGGGGCGGGCGUGCACGCGCAACGGCACGUGUUGCAACGCGACCUGCCUCGGCGGCUGCGACGGCCCAUUAGCCCGUGAUUGCCACGUCUGCGCCAACUACUCGCUCGGCUACGGCGAGAACCGCACCUGCGUCACCUCCUGCCCCGCCAACACCUACCGGCUGUCGCGGCGCUGCGUGACAGAGCAGGAGUGCCGCGCGAUGCCGCCGCCGCUGCCCACAGAGUCCAACCAGCCGCCGCCUAACAUCCGCGCCUACAAGAUCCUCAACAACACCUGCGUCUACAUGUGCCCCAACGACUAUAUGGAGGUGGGCGACGUGCACAACGGUACGUGCAAGCCGUGUCUGCCGGCGGGCUGCGUGCGCGAGUGCAAUGGCGGCCGCGUGGACUCCGUGGCCGCCGCCGAGCACUUCCGCGGCUGCACGCGCAUCAAGGGCACGCUCGAGAUCACGCUCAGAGCUAGCGGCGGUAACACGAUAUCUGUUCUGGAAUCUUCCCUGGGCGAGAUCCGCGAGAUCGACGGCAGCUUGAAGGUGGUCCGCUCAUACCCGCUGGUCUCGCUCAUGUUCCUCAAGAAGCUGCGCCGCAUCGGCGGACUCAACAGCGAUGCCAAAACACCAAGCUUGUACAUCUCGAACAACCCUAAUCUGGAGAUGUUGUGGGACUGGUCGGUGCACAAACCUAUAGAGAUAACGCGGGGGAAGCUGUACAUCCAUUUCAACUCCAAGCUGUGCUACAACCACAUACUCGAGCUGAAGAACAUGACGCGCGAUCCUGUCUCCACCUUCGACACCAUUGAGGUCUCCUCUGAGAGCAACGGCGAUCAGGCAUCUUGUUUACAAGACGUGCUGGAGCUGAAGGUGAGCACGCUGAAGCAGCGCGCGGCGCUCCUCACCUGGAAGAUGUACUGCGGGAUAGACACACGCAACAUCCUCGGAUACUCCAUUUACUACAUCGCCGCAGAACAUAACGUCACUCUCUACGGACAACGCGAUGCCUGCUCCGACACAUGGAGCGUCAAAGACAUACCGAUGGACACAGCGCGUUUCACCGAGACGAAGACAACGGCUAUCGCUAUGAACGGUCUGCGCGACCCCUGCGAGGACAUGCAGCCCUUCUUCUCCCCCAUCUCCCCCCUCGUGCCCUUCAAGCGGUAUGCCGCAUACGUCAAGACGUACACCACCAAACAGGACAAGAAGGGAGCGCAGAGCCCUAUCAUAUACUUCAAGACUCUGCCUGACUCUCCCAGCCCUCCGCUAGGUCUGACAGUGGAGCUGCGCACGCCGCAUUCUGUGCAGAUCAAGUGGCAACCACCUGCGCUACCCAACGGCACCAUAUCUCUCUACCACGUCGAGAUACAAGCCAACAGCUACAACAGACGCACCAUACUCGCCGACAACCUCAACUACUGCAGCAACCCGAGUGCGCUCUCCAACAUGAUAACGGUGCGCAACGAGGACGUGCCGGAGGGCGAGGGCGAGGCGGGGGCGAAGGGCGCGGGCGAGGUGGGGGGCACCUGCGCCUGCGCCCCGCCCCCCAACGAGCGGUUCACCUCGCGCGCAGAGCAGGAGCGCAUCGACAGCAUCGACUUUGAGAACUUUAUACAGAACCACGUUUAUAUACGUAACGAAAAAGUUAAAACUCCAAAAUCUGCUGGCGGCAAAGUGAAACGAGCUAUAGAGAAAGAAAUAAACAGCAUGUUGGUCAUCUUGAGCGGUUAUAACAAACCGAAACAAGGCUUGAAGUACUACAACUCUACCGACACUGAAGGAUACGUGAAGUCGCUGUACUUCGAGCUGGACGGCAGCGCGCGGUCACUGGUGGUGGAGGAGAUGAGGCACUACACCUGGUACACCGUCAACUUGUGGGCCUGCAGGCAAAAGCAGGACUACGAGCCCGAGGACAACUACGACAAGACCUGGUGCUCCGGGCGCUCGUUUAACACCUUCCGGACACUAGAGUUGCCUAACGCUGACGUUGUUCAGGAUGUCCGUGUGGAAGUGAUAACAUCGAACAAGACGCUGCCGGAACUCAAUGUAACUUGGAAGCCACCAGAGAACCCGAAUGGAUUCGCAAUAGCUUACUUCGUGCAGCACUCGCGGAUCGUGGAUAACAACCAGGCGCAGGACGUGGGCCUUCAGCGGUGUAUCACGGCGACGGACUACGAGGCGAACGGGCGCGGCUACACACUGCGCAACAUGGCGCCCGGCAACUACAGCGUGCGCGUCACCCCCGUCACCGUCAGCGGCGCCGGCAACGUCUCCGCACACGUGUACGCAUUCAUACCGGACCGUGAUUCAGAGAAGGGAUUCCUGUGGGCGUGGGGCGUGGCGGCGGGUGUGCUGCUGCUGGUGCUGCUGGCGGGCGGCGCGUGGUACGCUCGCCGCGCCCUGCCCUCGCCCGAGGGCAACAAGCUCUUCGCCACCGUCAACCCCGAGUACGUCUCCACAGUGUAUGUGCCCGACGAGUGGGAGCUGCCCAGGUCCAGCAUCGAGUUCAUACGGGAACUGGGACAGGGAUCCUUCGGAAUGGUAUAUGAAGGCAUUGCUAAAAAUAUAGAAAAAGGUAAACCGGAAACUCGCUGCGCUGUGAAAACGGUCAAUGAACAUGCAACUGACAGGGAGCGGAUAGAGUUCCUGAACGAGGCGUCUGUGAUGAAGGCGUUCGACACUUACCACGUGGUGCGGCUGCUGGGCGUGGUGUCGCGAGGACAGCCGACACUCGUAGUCAUGGAGCUGAUGGAGUGCGGAGACCUCAAGACCUACCUGCGCUCUCACCGCCCCGACGCAGACUCCUCCCUGCCCAAGAAGGACGACAACGCCCCGCCCACGCUGCAGAACAUACUGCAGAUGGCUAUAGAGAUAGCGGACGGUAUGGCGUACUUGGCCGCCAAGAAGUACGUCCACCGCGACCUUGCGGCGCGCAACUGCAUGGUCGCCGGCGAUCUCACCGUUAAAGUCGGCGACUUCGGAAUGACGCGCGACAUCUACGAGACCGACUACUACCGCAAGGGCACCAAGGGUCUGCUACCUGUGCGGUGGAUGAGCCCCGAGAGUCUCAAGGACGGGGUGUUUUCAAGUAACAGUGACGUGUGGAGUUACGGUGUUGUGCUAUGGGAGAUGGCGACGCUCGCGAUGCAGCCCUAUCAGGGUUUAUCAAACGAGCAAGUGGUGCGGUACGUGGUGGAGGGCGGGGUGAUGGAGCGGCCGGAGCACUGCCCCGACAGGCUGUACGAGCUGAUGCGCGCCUGCUGGGCUCACCGCGCCAACACGCGACCCUCCUUCCUCCAGCUGGUGGCAGACCUCGCGCCCAGCGCACAGCCCUACUUCCGACAUCGCUCCUUCUUCCACUCGCCGCAGGGUCAGGAGAUGUACGCCCUCAUGCGCACCACCGUAGAGGAGGAGGCGGAGUGCGCGGAGGUGAACGUGGGCGCGGUGGCGACGGGGUCGGGCUCCAACCUGUUCGGGGUGUCGGGGCGCCUGGCCACGUGGGUGCGCGAGCUCUCCUCUCUGCACUCGCGGGCCGACGACGACGCAGCCGCACAGCCGCUGCAGCCUGCUCGUGCGCACAAGGGGCCCAACGGCGUCCUGCACGACCCCCUCGACCCCCUCGACGACACCACCGGCUGCUAGCCCCCGCCCCGCCUGUGUGGGCGGUGCGCGGUGGGCGGUGGGCGGACUUAUCUACCUCAGGCCGGCGAGUCAGUGCGCCGCGCUCUUCGAAUCCUAGUUGUAAGCGUAGCUAGUGAAUUGUUCGCCUUGUAUUAUUUAUUUCGUAUGCUCGAUUCCAUCCCGCGAUGAGCCGCCGCGUUCACCUCUCCGGCUCUCACAGAUAUAUACCAAACAUCGAACUAUACAAAAUAAUACAUUAUUUUUUAACAAAAUAGUGUUAGUUAGAAAAUUACCCGAAUAUACUUGACGAAAUGAAGGUCGUUAAAUUAUUUAUUAUAUAAUAUAGUUGUUAAUUCAAUUAAUAUCCUAUGUAUAAACUACAUAGACCUUUCUUUACUUUUUGAAUGAUUACUUUUGUAGUAAUAAUGAGUAUUUCUUUUUCUUUACAUAUAACAUAAACACACACCCAGACGAAACAUACAACGAUUAGAUACGUAGUGUUACAUAUCGUUUAAAAUAUACGAAUACGAAGAGAUAGUUUCAAUAUACAAUACUGCUUGUGCUCACAUAUGUAUGUGCAUUUAUGACAUUGAAAGCACAAGAGGUGCAUUUAAGAG